AGGGUCUGCUACAGGCUGCAGCCGGACACUUGUCCAGCUUUCUAGAAACACCUGGAGGAGUCUGCAGCUUAUCUGAAACUCUCAUCUCCUGCCUAUCACAGCUGGGGGAGCUUUGGCUUAAAUAAACGCGGGUCGAGCUGGAGUAGUAGCCAGAAAACGAUUCAGCUUUUUUUUCUGUAAAGCCUGGACACAAAAAAAAAGAGCCGCCAUGGUUAAGUGGACUGACGAGGAGCGCAAAGUCAUCAACAACAUCUUUUCCAACCUGGACUAUGAUGACAUCGGCCCCAAGGCUCUGCGCAGGUGUCUGGUCGUUUACCCAUGGACCCAGAGGCACUUCAGCUCCUUCGGUGACCUCUCCUCUCCCGCUGCCAUCAUGAAAAACGCAAAAGUGGCAGCCCACGGCGUCAAGGUGCUGCACGGUCUGGACCGGGCUCUGAAGAACAUGGACAACAUCAAGGCCACUUAUACCGAGCUGAGCAUCCUGCACUCGGAGAAGCUGCACGUGGACCCCGACAACUUCAGGGUGCUGGCUGACUGCCUGACCAUUACCAUCGCCGCCAAAAUGGGAGAUUCCUUUACAGCGGCAACGCAGGCCAUCUUCCAGAAGUUCCUGUGCGUGGUGGUGUCCGCUCUGGGAAGGCAGUACCACUAAACCCAGCAGCUUCCGUAUACCUGGAUACCAUGAAGGAGAUCUGACGUCUGUUCACCUGUCUCCUCAAUAAAGAAACAAGUCAAACUGA